ACAAAGCUUUGCAUGGACGCGCGGAAGUGUGACCGAACGGUGUUAUUAAUUUUGUAGCUAGCACGGUUACUAACGAUGCAUAGCUAGUUCUCCUUAAAGCUAGUUUUUAGCAAGUCUGAUGCAGAGAAGUGCAAGCAAGUCUUUCUUGAAAGUAGCUAAGUUGUUUUUUUUCUUGCGGCAAGGAGAUCGGUCAGACGUUAGCAUCAACGUAGCUAGCUUAAGAUCGCUAAUUAGCCAGCUAGUACUGACCGCAAAACUACUACGGUAGUUACCGUAGGGUGGUUGCUUGCAGUAAAACUUCUGAUACACAUUAGGUUGUGUAAUUUUGCGCGAUUCAAUGUAGCUAACUGUUUUAGACGAAUAUCUGGCGAUGAGCUAGUUAUAUCAUAGCUGUAGCUAUCCUCUCAUCUCGACAUGUGUGUUUGAACUGCUUUACACUAACUGUACUCGAGAACUUGACACUGACUGCUAAAUAGCCAACAACUACCUGCGCCGUGACGGCUAAAAAAAGAGCUAUUAGCGCAAAAAGCAGUUAGCAUUUAAGGAUAACUUUUCAACUUCAAAAGGCUCGUUCAACAUCCAUUCUGUUGUUAAGUCAGACUACUUCAAGAGCACAAUGUUGGGAGGCAUGCAGGAACGGGAUAAGAAGGCGCUUCGGAAGCGCUCCGUUAUUCUCAGUAAAGAGAUGGUGGUGGACGAGUUGCUCGUUCAGUCACUGACAGCAGACGAGAUCCUUACUGACAGCAUGGCAGAGAGUAUCUUGGUGGAGAAAACAUCUCAGAAGCGAAGCUAUCGUCUGCUUUCUCUCCUGCCCAAACGAGGACCGCGUGCCUUCAGCAGCUUCUGCUCUGCCCUGAAGGACACGGAACAGCAUCACUUGUCAGCCCUUCUCACCGAGUACUCAGAGAGCGACAGCAGGGAGGCUGACACGAAGGGCCCCCAGGCAGAGACAGAGAUAGAGACAGUGACAAGCAGCGAGACACAGCAAGAGAGCGAGUGUUGUCUGGUCACGCGAACCCCAGAGAGGCCGAGAGACACAGAGAGAGAUGUGGACAGUGAGAGAGAGGUACAGAGCUCUCAGACGCUAGAGCGACACAGAGAGGAGGACUGUGAGGUGGGCAGUGUUGGAACCACCCCAGGCCAAGCCUUCUGCUGCUGCAGCCCUGAGUGUCCAGAGAGAGAGACACUCACAGACAGUGAGGAGAGAGAGACACUCACAGACAGUGAGGAGAGAGAGACACUCACAGACAGUGAGGAGAGAGAGACACUCACAGACAGUGAGGAGAGAGAGACACUCACAGACAAUGAGGAGAGAGAGACACUCACAGACAAUGAGGAGAGAGAGACUAUCACGGACAGUGAGGAGAGGGGCAGGACGGGACAGGGGAGAAAGAGAGGGAGAAGAGAGGAGAGGGAGAGGUUGCUGGAUUCUCCCUUCCCACUUUCUACUCAGGAAGGAGUGUUCACAGCCAAGAGACCAAGGACACAUGAGUCUGUGGAGAUGUGUCUGGACGCAGACAGCCCCAUCACCACCCCGGUUCUCCCCUGCACUCCAGACUUCUACCUCUCUCACUACCCACAGUCCUACCCCAUGGUCUCCUCCAGGCGUGGCCUGGCCCUGGUCAUCAGUAACACGGUGUUCGAGGCCACCGCCCCAGACCUGGAGACCCGGAAGGGGGGCGAGGUGGACGAGGAGGUGCUCCGGAAGGUGUUCACUGAGCUGGAAUACCAGGUCACUGUCCAGAGAGACCUGACCGCUCAGGACAUGAGGAUGUGCAUCGAGGCGUUCCGCCGGCAGCAGGACCAUGGGAACAUGGACAGCAGUGUUCUGUGUCUGCUGUCCCACGGUGUGGAGGGAGCGGUUUAUGGCACCGACGGAGAGCUGCUGCCGUUGGACUGGGUGUUUGAGGCCUUUGAUAACGCCCACUGCCCUCUGCUGCAGAACAAGCCCAAGAUGUUCUUCAUCCAGGCAUGUAGAGGAGAGGAGAUGGACUGUGGCGUGGAGCAGUUGGACGGGCCGGGCAGGACCUCGUCCCCCGGCUGUGAAGAGAGGGACGCGGGGAGGGAGGGAGAGGGGGAUGGAGACGGCAGGCGGAGGCAGGAGAGGGGGAGGCUGAGGGUCAAACUGCCCCAGCGCUCCGACAUGAUCUGCGGCUACGCCUCCCUCAAAGGCACGGCUGCUAUGAGAAACACCAAGAGAGGCUCCUGGUUCAUCCAGGAACUCAACACAGCACUUCGACUCCGAGCCAGAGACACACACCUCUCUGACAUCAUGGUGCAGGUGAACGGGCGCAUCAAGGAGAGGGAGGGCUACGCCCCCGGAACGCCCCACCAUCGCUGCAAAGAGAUGUCAGAGUUUACCAGCUCCCUCUGCAAAGACCUCUACCUGUUCCCUAAGUACCACCCACAUUACUGACACUCACACACAUUCCACUCUUACUACUGCCACACACACUCGCACAUUCCAACCCUUCUCAGACACACACACAUUCCCACACAGAGGGUUUAUUCAUUCAUAUUUGCUGUGCAAAUUCUCAGACGGAGACACACACACACUCCAUCUCCCCCUACACAAACCCCAAAACACACACAUACACACUCCAAUAUCCCGCUACACAAACCCCAAAACACACACACACACUCCAUCUCCCCCUACACAAACCCCAAACACCAGCUCUUGGAAAAAGGAACAAGAUUGAGUUGUUCUACCUGUUCUUGGUAAUGGACAUGGAGGUGAUCAGUAUGCAACAUAUACAGCCUCAGUUCCUUUCAGCAAUCUUACCCACAUGUGUGUCAAUGCCAGUUAUGGAAUUAUAAUUCUGUGAAAUGUUCCUUUUAAUCACCGGAAGCUACAUUUGAGAGUGUCACCUUUUAUUUCUUACCAAAUUUCUUGGAAAGGUUUAUACAUGCAUCUAUUUUUAUCUUUUUUUUUAUUGUACUUUAUUUUUUUUAUCUUACCUUGUGGAAUGCCUAUUUUACAUGAAUUCUAAAGGCCAUCCUCUGUUUUUGUAUAUUUAAAAAAAAGAAAAGAAUGUUUUAUUGUCAAAUGCUUAGAAAGAGCACUAUCGCAUUCCUUGUCUUACAUGCCUUCCGUAGCCUGGGGGCAGUGUGUAGUAUGAUUUGUUAAUGCAGCUGUAGAGAAAAACAGACUUGAGCACCUCGUCCUAGACAACCCUCGAACGACCGCUGCCACAGGAUAGGCUGCCUCGGCUGUCAGCUGCGACAGGGAUAGUUUAGCGGUCCAAUGGGAGAGAACCACUUGUUCCAAGGACACUUCAUCAGAACAUGUUUUGGCGUUAGAACUCUUCGGUCCUUACGGUCAGAACCGGUUACCUCCGGUGUUGGGGACGACUCCCCCCCCCCCCCCCCAUCUCCUCCCAGGGGGUGCCGCCUGGUGCAUGUGGUGCGAGUGCAGGGGUCACCAACCUAUGAACUAUGACCUUUACACCAACUCGACACCUUAUAUUACUACCCCUGUGUUGACCCCCUCCCUCAUCCCUCAUCCGCAGAGAGACUGUCUGCGUGACUGUAAGGGUUUCACCUGGCUAUAUUUACAUGGCUUUGCCGGCCACAUAGCAAUAUGUAAUACAGUACAUAUAUUGAUGUCGAAAGCUAUUUUGUUCACGUCUUCCUAUAGUAUAUGAAACAGCUUUUAUAUGCAAGUUGCAGUCUGGACCUGUGCCAUUGAGAACCAGGAGUAACACAAGAUGUUUAUGUACAGUGAACCGUGUUUGGUGCGCAAAAGUAUCACCUCGCAAGUGUACAAGCAAUAUUGACGUUUCUCUGAACCCUUCAGACAAGCAUGUGUUCGUACAACAGUGUUGUAGACAAGAGUGGAUACUAUUGGAGCAGUAUUGAUUGACGUGUCACCCAUCCAAUCACAGCAAGAGAAAGGGGUGGUUGUUGUUCUCGAAUCUCGAUAGACGUUUCCCUUAUGCACAUAUCUGGGGUCAGCCUUCUUUCUUCAGACCUCAGCCCUCAUCGUUAAAAGGAACAACGCACAACUGAUCAAAGAUCAGCUCUGCCGAGGGGGUCGUCUUUACUGCCAAGCUGUGAGGUGGGGAGGGACCUAACGUGUUGUCAAUAACAAUGACUGCCAAAAUGUUCAACACAAUAAAUGUUUUUUUUUUUUUUUAUACUGAAAUUGAAUGUAUUGUAUCUUUUUUAUUAUGUCUUUUUUAUUAUUAUUGCGAGGUAGAGACAGUGUCUGUAUGUGAAAGUAUUUCCCAUGUACACUAUACAUGAUAUACUUGACUACAUCUUG